ACGCCCCCAAGCAACGCAGACAACUUCCGGGUGAACAACAUGGUGAGCAGGAUGCAUGUGGAGGCGGUUCAACUGUUGGUGUCGCUGGUCCUGGCGUUUCUGCCCACUUCCUUACACUUUCCUAUGCCCAUGCACACCAUGAUUGACUCUGUAGAUAGACUAGUGAACUAUUAUGCGGACAAUUACAAAGAAAUGAACGUCGAUGGAAUAUUUGGACUCAGAGCGCUGGAAGGCCAGCUCCUCAUGAUUCAUGAAGAGUAUGAGCAGGGGAAGCGUCUGCGUCUGGACCGCACCACGGCGGAUCACAUCAAAGAACUGAGCACAAAGGCUUCAGGUGUGGGGAACAUGGCCAUCCCUCACCUGCAGAACUUGGAUCCUGAGUACUUCAGCAAUUUCAAGUACAUAGUUGCUCGACCAUGGAAGAUGCGUCACCACUACCGCAAGGCAGACCUCUCCAUAGCUGGUCGACAGAACAACAGGAGGAGAGGAGGUGAUCAGUUGACAGAAGAGAAGAGUGACAGGUGUAUGGCAGGUCUGUUGGGUACUGGGGAUGCGAAGCAGCAGUGCACGGUGGAUGACGAGUGCUGGCGACUGAUGAGCGCUCCUGGCAAGGCUUCGUAUUACCUGACACACCAGCUGCUGUUCUUUGUGCUGGGGGAACAGUUGGGCUGCACAGAUGAGUUGGAUGCCCUUGCGAGGAAACACAAUAUAGCAGGUGGUGUGCAGGAGUUGGAACAUCGGUUCUGUUCCACAAUGCUGGGCGAGGUGGAGGCUGUGGUCAGGAGGGGACUCAAGCCCAGUGAACAGGACAUCUUCAUGGAGCAGAUUUUCACCUGUGGCAUGAUGGGAUACUAUGAGUUCAUGCGGAAGCCGUGGCUGGACAUGAUCCUGACGUGGCAGGACGCGUCCGGCUGCUUCAGGAGCGCCGACGGGGAGGACGGCAGCGAUACGGGGGAAGAUGACGAGGCAGCUAACAGAGUCAUUAGGAAACAGGACAAGCAGAUGCAGGGUGGCCUGUUUCCACCACCUAAAAGGAGGUUAUUGGAGGAAAAAGCAUUGCGAGAUGGAUGCCUGUCCCACAAGACAGCAGUGGGAGCCGGAGCACUGGCAGUGUUUCUACAUUACCUGGUCAACCCCUACCUGCCAGGGGAUACGGGCAGGAAGGGCAUUUCCACCCAGGGGCCUUUCGAGGUGGGGGAGCAGGGGCAGCUGUUGCUCCUGAUGCUCGUGGGAGCAGCGGUCUUGGUCUUCUUCGCUCGCAUGUUUGCCAGGAGGAGGUUUAGACGAAUGCUGAAAAUAUAACUCUGUUUAUUACUCUCUUUAAGGCUGUGUGGGUAAACAAACCAGAUUAGAUGCUUUAUUUUCAUCUUUUGGGAAAGAAUAUGGAAUAGCUAUUAUCAUUCGAUUUUUUAAAUUUUGCAUUCUGAGCCUGUGCAGGAAGAUUUACAGAAGGUUACAUUUAGUGGAUUGGUUUAGUGGCACAAAGUAAUUGAAUUGAAUGUCUUUGAGAUGUGUAUUUUGGAAUGUCUUGAUUUCCUUCCAAAUACAGGGCCUUUCAUUUAUAUGUAGAAACAAAACACAUUUCAGUGUCACUUUGUGUUUGGAAGAUUGUAUGUAGAUAACCCUUCUGAUGAUAGUUAUAUGGAGAUGACUUGUAUGACGAGUCAGCUGGGGUGAACUGGUACAUGCAACUGUCUCCUGUUACAGUAUCAAGAAAUGUAACUACUUAUUGUCCUGUCUACUUAAUUCUGCCUUCCAAAAGAGUGCCAUGCCUUCCAAAAGAACUGAAUUUUCUACAGGUUUUACCAAGGAAGUCCCCUUUUUCAACCUCCUUGGUUUUACAAACGGCUUUAAAAUCCAUGACACAUUCCUUUGGCUACAUAUUUUGUGAGAAUGUCAGUGAUAAUGAUUUUAUGAAUGUAGAUGUACAUGAUAUCGUCUGUAAUGUGAAGCCCAAAUUGCAGGCAAAGUAGUCUAGGGUCAUGAUAUGUGUUGCCUAACUUUGGAGUAGUUACAACCCAUGAAAUAGUUGACUAUUGAUUGAGACAAGAACUAUGUGAUUUUGUGUGCAGUUUGGUAUAUUUAUGUAGCAUUUUGUAGAACUGAUGUAUAUUUUGCUGGUGAGGAAUGUCAAAUUGACACUGAUUUAGUUUUAGUUCAGUUGUGAAAUUCUAAUCAUUUCAUAUCAAAAAGGCCAUUGAGUCCCCUGUUGCUGUCUUUUGAUGUUGCACUGUAUCAAGAUAGGAAAUGAAUCACAGGAGUAACAAAAGUAUGCAUUCGUUCUGCAGUGUAGAGCCAAAUCAAUAUCCUAUAAAUCCUUGCUUUUCCAGGAGUUUUUUUCUAACUUUUUGGAGAGGGGCCACCAACCAAUCAGAUAAUUGCCUAAUGUUUUCUUUAUGGAUGCUGUCUGCAUUUUUAGAAAUUUGUAAUAUUAGCACUGAUUUACAUGUACCAAAUAAGGCAUUAGUAUUGUAUAAAACAGAUGCUCUAAAGGUGAAAAUCACUGCCUGGAAAAGCAGAGUCAAAUUCACAAGGACUUGUAGAGGAUGCAGUUACAGCUCUGCAUAGAAGGAUGGUAUUUUUAGAAUGACCAGCGUCUUUGAUUAACUGUACAUUUAUAAUUAUUUGUAAUGGGUGCUUUUUGACACAUUUUGGAAUUUCUGUAAACUUGCAAUACUCUGAAUGAUAUUGAUCCUGUUUGUACAUUUUGUGGAGAAGAGGUGACUUAUUUUUGGAGAUGAUUUUAUAUUCAUAUCUUGAGUAAUGAGGCCUUUGCAUUGAAUGGUGGUGCCUAGAGCAGUUUUUACGAAGAUAAUUAAUGAUGCAGAUAAUAAUGAUUGAUUUAGAGAGAUUAUAGGGUAAAUGUGAUGUUGGUGAUGAAAAUAAGGGUGACAGUUUUGUACAUAUCGUAGAUUCUUGUCCACCAAGGACUAAAGAUCUUAUCUUUUUCACACAGUAGAUUCAAUCAUCUUCAGGUCAAGCAACGGAGCUGUAUAGAUAGGUCACUGUGGACUUUGAAAGUCACAAACAUGUAACAGGCAUUUGCAGUGACUCUAGUUGUGCUGCAGUCUUCUCUAUGUAGUGUUACAGUAUAAUGUUAUUGGGGGUUAUUUGUGCAAUAAAGGAAAUAGAAGAGUGCAGUGAA